GCAGUUGCCAUGCCUGGACAACUGCAGUUGCCAUGUAUAAUCAAAUGUGACUGCAAUGUCUAAACAACCGUGGAUGACAAGUGUGAACAAAUCUGUGUGGCAUGGUUGGACCACUACAUGUGUCAUGUUGAACAAACUACAGUUGCCAUGCAAUGACCAACUGCUACCAUGAUCGCAGGUUGUUACGGUGGAACCACAUCGGCAAACAUCUCAUGGCAAGCUUCACAGUUGCAGGAAAGCGCUAUUGCAGAUAGAGCACAUCAAAUUUGAAUGACAGACCACACAAGAUCGGCACAUGCGGCACAACAAGGACCUUCAACUACAAUUAACAGCGGCGCGGGGACAUCUACUGCGGGGAGCUCUGAGUGCACGGAAGACGCGUUCCACCAGCCAGCCAACACUCAUGCCACAAACAAUGCCGAGUCAGUGUCGGAAAUGGCAUUCGUGCCAGCAAUACCGACAAGCACACAUGUGCACACCAGCACAAGCAACACUCAAGAAGGUGAAACAGCCGCCGAUACUGAAGUGAAUGAUGAAACUGAUGACGAAGCACAAGGGGAUGAAGAUGGUGGGCAAUCAGAAAUCAUGGUACCCCAGCCACCGUAUCUUGGGCAGAGAUUUGAUUCGUUUGCAGAUGCAAAGGAAUUCUACCAGACAUAUGCAAAGUUCCAUGGGUUUGUGGUCAACACCAAAUACCAUAGGAAAAUUAAAAAAACUAACGAGUACGGCAGAGGUGAGAUGAGGUGCUACAAGGCACGAAGAAACAAGAAGGGCAAAGGUGAUGCGCCUGUCGUUCCGGAACGAAAGAGAGGUAUCAUUGUCAAGACGGAAUGCCCUGUCCUGUGUAAGCUGAACGUAGAUGGAGCACAGUGGGUGGUCACUGAAUAUUUUGACGAGCACAACCACGAGCUAAUAAAGAAGUUUGACCUGGUAAAAUUUCUGACCGCCCACAGAGGAUUCACCCCCCUCGAGAAGAAAUUCAUAAAGCUGCUACAUGAUUGUAACGUCGGUCCAUCAAGAAUGGUGCAGAUACUCUCCCUCAUCCACAACAAAAACGGGUCUCUGAGUAGCAUGCCCUACCUACCAGCAGACGUCACAAACCUAAAGGCAAAGUACCGUAGAGAAAGCAAGUUGGCUGACAUAGAAGCCACGAUAGCCUACUUCGAUGAGAAAGCGAAAGAAGAUCAAGAUUUCUUCUACAGGAUAAGAUUGGACGAUGAGGACCGUGUCAGGAACAUGUACUGGGUGGAUGGUGCUGCAAGAAGAGCCUACAAACAUUUCCGAGACUGCAUUUCUUUCGACGCGUCAUAUCUCACUAAUAUGUACAAGAUGCCAUGCGCUCCAUUCAUAGGAAUAAAUAACCACAAUCAGUCAUUGCGCAGCUCGGAUGCGGGCUCGUUCGGAAUGAAGACACGGAUGGGCAUAGAGGAGGUCUUUCCGUUGGCAGUGCACAGGCACUGCAGGUGGCACAUUAUAAAGAAGGCUGAGGAGACACUAGGACCGUUCUUUGCUGACUGUCCAGACCUGCACAAGGCAUUCCAGCUGCGCGUGGACCACAGCUUGACGGUGGAGGAGUUUGAAAGGAGCUGGAUGGCUAUGAUUGAAACAUAUCAAGUUCAAGACCACGAGACGCUUGCUAGCUUGUGGGAGAAGCGAAUGUACUGGGUGCCGGCCUACUUCAUGCAAUGCUUCUUCCCGUUUCUGCAGACUAUACAACGCAGUGAGGGGUUCAAUGCUGUUUUGAAGCGAUACGUGAGCCCUGGAUCCGAGCUACAGCAAGAAGCAAACACCGCGCUCAAGCAGCCAAAAUUGCUAACACAUUUACCAAUGGAGAGGCAGAUGAGCAAGAUAUACACCAACAUGAUUUUUAACAAAUUCCAGGAAGAAAUAAAGCGUGCCAGCAUGUACACGGCUUUCCAGGUGGACGAACAUACGUUCAAGGUGUGUUCUAUCAUGGGCAUGUUGGAUUCAGAACCUAAAGACCCAGACAAGGGAAGGAACUACUUUGUGAAGGCAUCGAUAAGCGAAGGCGAAUACUACUGCCAAUGCUGCAAAUUCGAACAGGACGGGAUUGUGUGCUGUCACAUUCUAAAAGUAAUGGACUUGAACGCGGUGACACGAAUGCUCCGCCAUUUCAUAAGGCGGCGAUGGACUUGGGACACUGACGACGCAUUGGCGCCGUAA